AUGGCUUCCAACAACAACCGUAUCCUCAAAGAGUCCAACAACAAAAGUAUCCUUGAAACGUCCGACAAUAACAGAAUCCGUAAAGCCUCAACCAAUAAAAGUAUCCUUGAAAAUUCCCUUAAAGCCUCCACCAACAAUGGUAUCAUUGCAACGGCUGACAAUAAAAGUAUCCGUAAAGCCUCCGACAAUAACAGUAUCCGUAAAGCCUCCGACAAUAACAUUAUCCGUAAAGCCUCCGACAAUAACAGUUUCCGCAAAGCCUCCGACAAUAACAGUAUCCGCAAAGCCUCCGACAAUAACAGUAUCCGCAAAGCCUCCGACAACAACAGUAUCCGUAAAGCCUCCGACAAUAACAGUAUCCGUAAAGCCUCCGACAAUAACAGUAUCCGCAAAGCCUCCGACAACAACAGUAUCCGUUAA